UGAAUAACAAUUUAGUGACCUUUUUGAAAACCCUAACGCUUAUAUCUUACCCUUCGCUUCCUUUAAGCCCCCCCAGCUAUCUCCCUCAGCAGCCGCGCAGUGUCCUCUAGGCUCUCUCGCCCCAUCCGAGUCUCUUCCCGCGGCUUUUUUGUAUUCGGAACAGUUAAGUCUCUAAAAUGGGUCGUGUUCGUACCAAGACUGUGAAGAAGUCCUCCCGCCAGGUGAUUGAGAGGUACUACUCAAAGAUGACCUUGGACUUCCACACAAACAAGAAGAUCUUGGAGGAGGUUGCCAUCAUUCCCUCGAAGCGUCUUCGUAACAAGAUUGCUGGCUUCUCUACCCACCUGAUGAAGCGGAUUCAGAAGGGCCCAGUUCGUGGCAUCUCACUGAAGCUGCAAGAAGAAGAGCGUGAGCGUCGUAUGGACUUUGUGCCCGAUGAAUCUGCUAUCAAGACUGAUGAAAUUAAGGUUGAUAAGGAGACACUUGACAUGCUUGCUGCUCUUGGCAUGUCUGAUAUCCCUGGGCUUGUUGAGGCUGAACUACAGCCUGUUAUUCCUGCACAAGUGUUUGGUCGUGGUGCAGGUGGUGCUGGUGGACCUAGGAGGUACUGAGGUGGUUGAGUCUGUGAUUUUUAGAACCGAUAUCUUAGCUUCUAUUGAACCACUGGAUUCCUUUUUUUUUUUUUUUUUUUUUGCUAAAUUUGAUAUUUUGAUGCCAAUGACAAAGUGAACUGGUGUUAAUUUUGGUUAUGAAUGGGGUGUUUAGAUGUUUUCGAA